GAGAAGCAAACGUUCAAGUUCCCUCAGCCGCCAAUGCAGAAGUAGGUCUUCCUCGUUAUCUCCUUUCCCCAAAUCGUCAAGUUCUAGUCCUAGUCGUGCAUCCACUGAUCGGAAUCAUUCCAUAGAGAAGCUUAAGAACGAGGAAGAAGAGAAGAAAAGGCGUGAAGCACAGUUGGAGAAGUUAGAAGAAGAUGCAGCUAGGAGGAUGGAAGAACUAAUUCAGAAGAAUAUUGAAGAAAGGCUAAACUCUAAAGAGACUAAAUUAGAAAUACAGAGGCGAAUAGAGGAAGGUCGCACGAAGUUGUUGAUGGUGUUAAUAUAACACAUGCGGAAGCAAUUUGGAUCUUAGGCACUUUUAGAACAUCAANAAAAAGAAGAACAAGCACGAAAAGAGAGAGAAGAGCUAGAUAAAAUGCUGGAAGAGAAUAGAAGAAGGGUAGAAAAAGCACAGCGACGAUUAGUUCUAGAGCUGCAGCGGAAGGAAGAAGAACAAUAUUGUGAGCUCGAGUUGAUUCAGAGACAAAAAGAGGAGGCAGCUCAGAGAACUAAGCUAAAUGAUAAGAGUUUGAGUUAUGUUUUGCUGGGAGUUAAUGAAGAGUCAAAAGCUUACAGACUCUAUGAUAUAGAAGCGACAGAUGAAAAUAAGGAUAUAGAAGUGGUAGAUGAAAAUAAUGAUAUAGAAGCGGCAGAUGAAAAUACUGCAGAGGAAAAUAUUUUAUCUGGCUCUUUGGCUGAAGCAAGCUCUCCUAGCUCGAAUAAGGUAAGGAAUAAGAGACCACCAGUCUGGAUGAGAGACUAUNUAUCUAGCUCUUUGGCUGAAGCUAGCUCUCCUAGCUCGAAUAAG